GCUCCGGGUGACUCGAGCCAGCACAGAGGGCCCCAGGCCGGAGGCAGGAGCAGCUGGGCCAAUUCCCCGGCCAGGAUUGGAAGGGGAUGGCUUCGGGCCUGGGCUCCCCAACCCCUUGCUCAGCAGGCAGUGAGGAAGAGGACAUGGAGGUGCUUCUAAACAGCCUUCCCCCACCCCAUCAAGAGAAUGAAGAAGACCCAGAGGAAGACUUAUGAGAGGUAGAGACUCCUAAACUCAAAAAGAAGAAGAAGCCUAAGAAACCUCGGGACCCUAAAAUCCCAAAGAGCAAACGACAAAAAAAGGAGCUGGGAGACAGUUCUGGGGAGGGGCCUGAAUUUGUGGAGGAAGAAGAUGAGAUGGUUUUGCGAUCAGACAGCGAAGGCAGUGACUAUACUCCUGGCAAGAAAAAGAAGAAGAAGCUUGGACCUAAGAAGGAAAAGAAAAGCAAGUCUAAGAGAAAGGAGGAAGAAGAAGAAGAUGAUGAUGAUGAUGACUCAAAGGAGCCCAAGUCAUCAGGUCAGCUACUAGAAGAUUGGGGCAUGGAGGACAUUGACCAUGUGUUCUCAGAAGAAGAUUAUCGAACUCUUACCAACUAUAAGGCCUUCAGCCAGUUUGUCAGACCUCUUAUUGCUGCUAAGAACCCCAAGAUUGCAGUUUCCAAGAUGAUGAUAGUUCUAGGAGCCAAAUGGCGAGAAUUCAGUACCAACAACCCCUUCAAGGGCAGUUCCGGGGCCUUAGUGGCAGCUGCAGCUGCGGCAGCAGUAGCUGUAGUGGAGAGUAUGGUAACUGCAACUGAAGUUGCUCCACCUCCACCCCCUGUGGAAGUACCCAUCAGAAAGGCCAAAACCAAGGAGGGUAAAGGUCCCAAUGCCCGACGGAAACCUAAAGCUAGCCCCCGUGUGCCUGAUGCUAAGAAACCCAAACCGAAGAAGGUGGCACCCCUGAAAAUCAAAUUGGGAGGCUUUGGCUCUAAGCGCAAGAGGUCUUCGAGUGAAGAUGAUGACCUGGAUGUGGAAUCUGACUUUGAUGAUGCCAGUAUCAACAGUUACUCCGUGUCAGAUGGUUCGACUAGUAGGAGCAGCCGCAGCCGCAAGAAACUUAGAGCUACCAAAAAGAAAAAGAAAGACCACCAGGACUACUGUGAAGUGUGCCAACAAGGAGGAGAGAUCAUCCUGUGUGAUACCUGUCCCCAUGCUUACCACAUGGUCUGCCUGGAUCCUGACAUGGAGAAGGCCCCGGAGGGCAAAUGGAGUUGUCCACACUGUGAAAAGGAAGGUAUCCAGUGGGAGGCAAAGGAGGACAACUCUGAGGGUGAAGAAAUCCUAGAAGAAGUUGGUGGUGACCCUGAGGAGGAGGAUGAUCAUCACAUGGAGUUUUGCCGUGUCUGCAAGGAUGGUGGGGAACUACUCUGCUGUGAUACCUGCCCCUCUUCCUACCAUAUCCACUGCUUGAACCCCCCACUCCCAAAAAUCCCCAAUGGCGAAUGGCUUUGUCCUCAUUGCACAUGCCCUUCACUGAAAGGUAAAGUUCAGAAGAUCCUGAUUUGGAAAUGGGGGCAGCCACCAUCCCCUACACCAGUGCCCUGACCCCCUGAUGCUGACCCCUACUGGCACUGUUCUUGGGUGUCAGAACUACAGCUGGAGCUUCACUGCCAAGUGAUGUUCCGUAACUACCAGUGUAAGAAUGAUAUGGAUGAGCCACUAUCUGGUGACUUUGGGGGAGAGGAAGAAAAAAGCCAUAAACAAAAGAACAAGGACCCCAAGUUUGCAGAAAUGGAAGAACGUUUCUACCGCUAUGGGAUUAAACCUGAGUGGAUGAUGAUCCACCAUAUCCUCAACCACAGUGUAGAUAAGAAGGGUCAUGUCCACUAUUUGAUCAAAUGGAGGGACCUGCCCUAUGAUCAGGCAUCCUGGGAGAGUGAAGAUGUAGAGGUGCAAGACUAUGACCUAUUCAAGCAGAGCUACUGGAACCAUAGGUACCUAAUGCGGGGUGAGGAAGGAUGACCUGGCAAAAAGCUCAAGAAGGUUAAGCUUAGGAAGUUGCAGAGGCCUCCUGAAACUCCUACAGUUGAUCCAACAGUGAAAUAUGAGCGGCAACCAGAGUACUUAGAUGCCACUGGUGGGACUCUACAUCCCUACCAAAUGGAGGGAUUGAACUGGUUGCGCUUCUCCUGGGCCCAGGGCACUGACACUAUCUUGGCAGAUGAAAUGGGCUUGGGCAAGACAGUUCAGACAGCUGUCUUCCUCUAUUCUUUGUACAAGGAGGGUCAUUCAAAAGGCCCUUUCCUAGUGAAUGCCCCACUUUCUACAAUCAUCAACUGGGAGCGAGAGUUUGAGAUGUGGGCUCCAGACAUGUAUGUGGUAACCUAUGUUGGAGACAAGGAUAGUCAUGCUAUUAUUCGUGAAAAGGAGUUCUCUUUUGAAGACAAUGCUAUCCAUGGUGGCAAGAAGGCUUCCAGAAUGAAGAAAGAAGCAUCUGUGAAGUUUCAUGUUUUGCUGACUUCCUAUGAACUGAUUACCAUUGACAUGGCCAUUCUGGGCUCCAUUGAUUGGGCCUGCCUAAUUGUGGAUGAAGCUCAUAGGCUUUUCAGGGUACUCAAUGGCUAUUCCCUCCAGCACAAGUUACUACUAACAGGGACUCCUCUACAGAAUAACUUGGAAGAGCUUUUCCACCUGCUUAAUUUCCUCACUCCAGAAAGAUUCCACAACCUGGAGGGCUUCCUAGAAGAAUUUGCUGACAUUGCCAAGGAAGACCAGAUCAAAAAAUUGCAUGACAUGUUGGGGCCUCAUAUGCUUCGACGGCUUAAAGCUGAUGUCUUCAAGAACAUGCCUUCUAAGACAGAGCUAUUGAGCCCAAUGCAGAAGAAAUACUACAAGUACAUUCUAACCCGAAACUUUGAGGCACUCAAUGCUCGGGGUGGUGGCAAUCAGGUUUCCCUACUUAAUGUGGUGAUGGAUUUAAAAAAGUGCUGUAACCACCCUUACCUCUUCCCUGUGGCUGCCAUGGAAGCACCAAAGAUGCCCAAUGGGAUGUAUGAUGGCAGUGCUCUAAUUCAAGCAUCAGGGAAGCUACUUUUAUUGCAAAAAAUGCUCAAGAAACUCAAAGAGGGUGGUCACCGUGUGCUCAUUUUCUCACAGAUGACCAAGAUGUUGGAUCUGUUAGAGGAUUUUUUGGAACACGAAGGUUAUAAAUAUGAGCGAAUCGAUGGGGAAAUUACUGGGAACACGCGUCAGGAAGCCAUUGAUCGUUUUAACACACCUGGUGCUCAGCAGUUUUGCUUUCUUCUUUCUACUCGAGCUGGGGGCCUGGGAAUCAGUCUAGCUACUGCAGAUACUGUUAUCAUCUAUGACUCUGAUUGGAACCCCCAUAAUGACAUCCAGGCUUUUAGCAGAGCCCAUCGAAUUGGUCAGAAUAAGAAAGUGAUGAUCUACCGUUUUGUGACCCACGCUUCAGUGGAGGAGCACAUCACACAGGUGGCGAAGAAGAAGAUGAUGCUUACACAUCUUGUAGUAAGGCCUGGCCUGGGCUCUAAGACUGGCUCCAUGUCCAAGCAGGAGCUUGAUGAUAUCCUCAAGUUUGGCACUGAGGAAUUAUUCAAAGAUGAAGCCACUGAUGGAGGAGGAGACAACAAGGAAGAAGAAGACAGCAGUGUUAUCCACUAUGAUGACAAGGCCAUAGAGCGACUGCUGGAUGAUCGAAAUCAGGAUGAAACAGAAGACACAGAACUUCAAGGCAUGAAUGAAUAUUUGAGUUCCUUCAAAGUGGCCCAGUAUGUAGUACAGGAAGAAGAAAUGGGGGAGGAAGAAGAAGUAGAAAGAGAGAUCAUCAAGCAGGAAGAAAGUGUGGAUCCUGACUACUGGGAGAAGCUGCUGCGACACCAUUAUGAGCAGCAGCAAGAGGAUAUGGCCCGAAACCUAGGCAAAGGAAAGUGAAUUCGUAAGCAGGUCAACUACAACGAUGGCUCCCAGGAGGAUCGAGAUUAGCAGGAUGACCAGUCAGACAAUCAGUCCGACUACUCAGUGGCCUCAGAGAAAGGCGAUGAGGACUUUGAUGAGUGUUCAGAAGCUCCCAGAUGGCCUAGUCACAAGGGCCUGCGAAAUGAUAAGGACAAACCAUUGCCUCCAUUGUUGGCUCAUGUUGGUGGAAAUAUUGAGGUACUUGGCUUCAAUGCCCGCCAGCGGAAGGCUUUCCUCAAUGCCAUUAUGCGUUAUGGGAUGCCUCCACAGGAUGCCUUUACUACCCAAUGGCUUGUGCGGGACCUGAGGGGCAAGUCAGAGAAAGAGUUCAAGGCAUAUGUGUCUCUCUUUAUGCGUCACCUUUGUGAGCCAGGAGCAGAUGGUGCUGAGACCUUUGCUGAUGGUGUACCCCGUGAGGGCUUAUCCUGGCAGCAUGUUCUUACUCGUAUUGGUAUUAUGUCACUUAUCCGAAAAAAGGUUCAGGAAUUUGAGCAUGUCAUUGGGUGCUGGAGCAUGCCUGAGCUGGCUGAGAUAGAAGAGAACAAGAAGAUGUCAUAGCCAGGAUCACCUUCACCUAAAACUCCCACACCUUCCACUCCAGGAGACACACAACCCAACAGAGUGCCACCCCCUGAUGAUGGGGUGAAAGCAGAGGAGAAUAAUAACAAAGAAGAAGAGAACACAGAAGGAGAGAGAGAGGUGAAACCUGCAGCCCCUGAGGCUUCUGUGGAGGCUACACAGCCCUCUGCAUCUAACCCAGAAGAGGAAAAAGUUCUGGCUGAGGCUCUGGAAGGAGAAGAGAAGGUGGAUAAGCCAGAAGUCAAAGAGAAGACAGAGGAGACCAUGGAGACAGAAACCAAAGGUGUUGCUGAAACGGAAAAGGUAGAGGAGAAAGCAACAGUGGAUCUGGAUCUGACCCCUAUUGUGGUAGAAGACAAAGAGGAGAAGAAAGAAGAAGAGAAAAAAGAAGUGAUGUUUCAGAAUGGGGAGACUCCCAAGGACCUGGGUGAUGAGAAGCAGAAGAAGAACAUCAAGCAGCGUUUUAUGUUCAACAUUGCAGAUGGUGGCUUCACUGAGCUGCAUUCCCUUUGGCAGAAUGAGGAACGGGCAGCCACAGUUACAAAGAAGACCUAUGAGAUCUGGCAUCGGCGGCAUGACUACUGGCUGCUGGCUGGCAUUAUUAACCAUGGCUAUGCUCGGUGGCAGGACAUUCAGAAUGACCCGCGCUAUGCCAUUCUUAAUGAACCCUUCAAAGGUGAAAUGAAUCUUGGUAACUUCUUGGAGAUAAAAAACAAAUUCCUGGCUAGAAGAUUUAAGCUCUUGGAACAAGUCUUGGUGAUUAAGGAGCAACUGCGUCGAGCAGCUUACCUGAACAUGUCAGAGGACCCUUCCCAUCCUUCCAUGGCCCUCAAUACUUGUUUUGCUGAAGUGGAAUGCCUGGCUGAGAGCCACCAGCACCUGUCUAAGGAGUCAAUGGCAGGAAAUAAGCCAGCUAAUGCUGUCCUGCACAAAGUUCUGAAACAACUGGAGGAAUUGUUGAGUGACGUGAAGGCUGAUGUCACAAGGCUGCCAGCCACAAUUGCCCAUAUUCCCCCUGUGGCUGUGCGGCUAUAGAUGUCAGAGCGCAACAUCCUCAGCCGGCUGGCAAACCGGGGCCCUGAACCCACCCCACAGCAGGUAGCCCAGCAGCAGUGAAGAUCCAGGUUGAUGAUGCCACCUUACCACUGAGCAGUGAUCCUCCCCCCCUUACCCCCCAAGCUUCUCCUCUGGGGACUUGAGUCCCUCUUCCUUCUACCCCUUUCUCAUUUUAUAAAGGAACUACUCCCCGUGACACUUGGGAAGGGGAGGAAGUGAGGGGCUGCAUCGACCUUCCUGCCAGAGAGACAUGCAGCAGUAGCACCGGUGCCAUCUGCAUGGAGAGGGCAGUCCAGUCCCUCUCCGGGUUCAAGGCCUCUUCCCCACUGUAACGUCUGUUACACAUAAACUCUUGUGGGUUCUCACCAAGCUCGGAGAAAAUGAUCUGAAAUUUCUUUUUAUGUCUUUAUUUUAUUUUUUGUUUUCUUCUUUUUUGUUGGAGUUUCGGAUGGGCCGGGCCCCUGGGCGAGACACAGCUACCUCCAUUGGC